AGAGCUCAAGACCUCUACUUGCAUAUCCAUGGCAAUCUAUCCUCUUGCCUUGAAAGCAUACAAGUUUCUGAGAAUUCAGGAUAGAUAAUAUCCUGUGGAUUGAUUCCUCAGAAUUAAAACAAUAAACAGAGGAAAACAUUGGAACUCUGCUGAUUGAUUUUUACCAGAAUCUGACAAGUUACUAAACAAUACAAGGUUUCUACCAUGGGUGACAGGGGAACAAGCAAUCACUCAGAAAUGACUGACUUCAUUCUUGCAGGCUUCAGGGUACGCCCAGAGCUCCACAUUCUCCUCUUCCUGCUAUUUUUGUUUGUUUAUGCCGUGAUCCUUCUAGGGAAUGUUGGGAUGAUGACCAUUAUUAUGACUGAUCCUCGGCUGAACACACCAAUGUAUUUUUUCCUAGGCAAUCUCUCCUUCAUUGAUCUUUUCUAUUCAUCUGUUAUUGCACCCAAGGCUAUGAUCAACUUCUGGUCUGAAAACAAGUCUAUCUCCUUUGCAGGCUGUGUGGCCCAGCUCUUUCUCUUUGCCCUCUUCAUUGUGACUGAGGGAUUUCUCCUGGCGGCCAUGGCUUAUGACCGCUUUAUUGCCAUCUGCAACCCUCUGCUCUACUCUGUUCAAAUGUCCACACGUCUGUGUACUCAGUUGGUGGCUGGUUCCUAUUUUUGUGGCUGCAUUAGCUCAGUUAUUCAGACUAGCAUGACAUUUACUUUAUCUUUUUGCGCUUCUCGGGCUGUUGACCACUUUUACUGUGAUUCUCGCCCACUUCAGAGACUGUCUUGUUCUGAUCUCUUUAUCCAUAGAAUGAUAUCUUUUUCCUUAUCAUGUAUUAUUAUCUUGCCUACUAUCAUAGUCAUUAUAGUAUCUUACAUGUAUAUUGUGUCCACAGUUCUAAAGAUACACUCUACUGAGGGACGUAAGAAGGCCUUCUCCACCUGCAGCUCUCACCUGGGAGUUGUGAGUGUGCUGUAUGGUGCUGUCUUUUUUAUGUAUCUCACUCCUGACAGAUUUCCUGAGCUGAGUAAAGUGGCAUCCUUAUGUUACUCCCUAGUCACUCCCAUGUUGAAUCCUUUGAUUUACUCUCUGAGGAACAAAGAUGUCCAAGAGGCUCUAAAAAAAUUUCUAGAGAAGAAAAAUAUUAUUGUUUGAUUAUUAUUUCUCUUUCACCAAUUUUAUUGUGGCUAUUUAUUUAAUACACCUGUGGUCAUUAAUAAAAGUUACUCUCCUGAAUGUCAUAAAAAUACUCUUAGAUGUUUUCAUGUGAUGUGCUCUUUCCAUAUUUUACUUUUUUACCUCCCAAGACAUCAUUAAUUCUGAAAAUCUUGGAUAUUGGAGAUAUCCUGGACAUUAGAGAAGUAUUUUUAUGAUAAACCCUCUCACUGGUCUUCAACAUUUUAUUUCACAGAAUUUAUAUCUAUUGAUUCUUGUGGCAUAAUGUAGAACAAUAUUUUGUAUUUUGUUAUAGUGCUUCAGCAAGAUUUUAUCUGGUUGUUUGUCUUUGGGAUUGCCCAUCCCUCCUACACACAAUCAUGGGUAGUUGACAAAGAUGCCCAGAUUAUUUUUAAAUAAAAUGUGUCUUUAAUUUUAUAGCUAGUUUCAUUAGCAUGCUAAAUGAGUAUUAAGUUUUCACCUUAUGUGUGCUAGAUAGGAAGUACUAAUAAUAAGAAACAAACUAUAAGUAAUCUUUACUAUAUACAUUAAUUUGGAAAAUGUUAUACUUCAUUAUUGCGGAGUGCUCUAAGGUACUGCUAGUUGCUGGAUCCCAGUGCAAAGAACUAAAAUAGGAAAUAGAGAUCUUCAAACAUUUUGAUCAAUCAUGCCCUCAAUUUUGAUCUUCAUGAUUUUGUCUUGUGUUAAUAAUUGAUAAGGAAUAGUUAAUAAAGGUAUAGAAUCAGGGAAGUCAUCAAAACGGAUUAUGAUCCAAAAUUUACUUAUCUAUGCCUCUUAAUAUAGGUACAUAUUUGAUUAAUCUUAUUGAAUAUCUGUAUAAUAUGUUCUGGCCUUACAGUGGGCUCAGGGAUAAAUAACCUCAUUCUUUUGAAAGUUUAAAAGUUAGUGAGAUAGUCAAAUCCUUGGGCAUAAAACUAAAAUCCAGACAUUUUGCCAAAGGUACUCAUAGAGAUCACAAAGUGGGGUGCCUGAAAGAAGGUGGUUGGUAAUCAGAGAAACCCUUCUUGGGCUGCAUGGAACAUUGAGCAAAGGGGGAUUAGAUUGAAGUCAGGAAACCUGCUGCAGUGGUUUAUAAUAUUGAUGUGGGCUCAAUGGUAUGUCGAUAUUAAUGAACAAAGGCAGAUUUUUUAAACUGCAGGUAAAAGACCCAAAAUAUAUUAACUGACUAGUAUGAAGAGAGUGUACAAAAGAUGGUAUGUUAGCCCAUUUUUGAAAUUGAGUGUGUGCAUGGUCAUGGUAUGAACAGAUAAGAAGUAUGGAGCUCUCAGAAAACCUGAAAUAAAGGGGGAACUUUCUUGCCUUGAUGAACAUGUAUGAAAAACCUACAGUGAAAAUUUUAAAUGACAAGAAACUAGAAGCUUUCCUACUAUUAUCAGGAAAAAUGCAAGGAUGCCUUCUCUCACCACACCUUUUCAAUAUUUUAAUGGAAGUGCUAGCCAAUGCAACAAAAUAAGAAAAGGAAAUAAAAGUGUUAUGGGUUGAAUGGUAUUCCCUCAAAAUUCAUGUGUUGAAGCCCUAAACCCUAGUACUUCAGAAUGUGACUUUAAUUAGUGAUAGGGUCUUCAAAGAUGUAAUUGAGUUAAAAUAAGGCUGUAGGAUAAAUCCUAAUUCAGUAUCAUUUGUGUCCCUAUAGAAAGAGGAGAUUAGGGCACACAGAGGGACACCAGGGGUGCAUGUGCACAGAACAUCAGUCAUGUGAAGAAUCAACAAGAGGGCAGCCAUCCGCAAGCUAAGGAAAGAGGGCUCAGAGAAAACCAACUCUGCUGACACCUUGAUCUUGGACUUCCAGCCUCUAUCACUAAGAAAAUUAAUUUCUGUUGUUUAAGAACCCAGUGUGUGCUGUUUUGUUAUGGGAUCUCCAGAAAAUUCAUACAAAUAGGUCUAUAAAUUGGAAAAGAAGAGAAAACGUUCCUUGUUUGCAAAUAACAUAUCUAUGUAGAAAAUUAAAAAUAAUAAAC